UGCAUAUCAGAAGCUUAUUGCUACGGCAUGCAAGGGGAACCCGACACUUGAGGCGAGGACCGCUAAAAACUGUUACCUGCCUUAGGCAAACCAAACACCAAGCCCAUCUCCAUGGCGUCUCGAUUUAUGCAGUGGGUGAAUUCCCCAACCGGUCCAAAGACAACUCAUUUUUGGGGGCCAGUCGCUAACUGGGGCUUCGUGCUCGCGGGCCUGGCAGAUAUGCGGAAGGAUCCGGAGUACAUUUCGCCCAACAUGACGGGAGUCAUGUGUGUCUACUCCGUGCUUUUCAUGCGCUUCGCCUGGGAGGUCCAGCCGCGCAACUACUUGCUGCUGGCCUGCCACGCCUCCAACGAGACGGUGCAGCUGUACCAGCUGAGCCGCUGGUACUCGUGGAGCAACAGCGCCAAGGCUGCGGACGCGAAGCGGGUGGAGCCGGAGCAGGCAGCGGUUCCCACGAAAUGAGGAGCAGCUGACGCAGCAGUAUUAGUGGCGGACGACCUGGGUUGAGGCGCAGCGAGGGCGGGGCGCCCAUGGCGGCACCGGCAAACACGGGCUGCUUCCGGGUGUGGUGGGCAAGUUGCGGACCCUGCUGCAGUAAGGCCGCCGUCGUGCGAGGGCGGCGGCAGGCAGGGAUCCAGAGGAUGAGGGGGCUUGGAAGCGCGUCAUAAGGCCGGGGGUAUUGGGCAGCAUGCUGUAGGGCGGAGCCAGUAUAGCACAACACCCUCGGUCCCAUUGUCCCGGGGCAGCAGUUUGCCUGCGUUGAAGCCUGGCACGUCUGGACCCGGUGAGGCCCUGGAAGCAAGCGUUUGUCCCAACAGGUCAGCCAGCACUGCCAAUUGCGCGUGAUGGGCUCGUUGGAGUGGCAUGAUUGUGAUCGCAAAUAGGAUUGGUGCUGCGCGCCGUCGAAGGCGGCACAUGCAGCUUUACAAUGGGGGAGAUGCCUAUGCUGGCAGACCUACUCAGCUUAUGUGCAUACGUAUGGUUGCUCUUGUCGUCUUGGGUCUGGGAACUGGGGAUGCACACGCUUUGUGUGCUAUAGAUGGGCCGACUGGUAGGGACUGGCGAGCGUGACGUAGAGGUGUGGCCAGUGUUGGCACUGAUAGCAGCGUAUGAUCAGAGUGCCGCAUGAUAAGCAGAACUGCCCAUGCUGUCACCAGUUGUUUAUAUGAGCGUGUCGAUAAUUACGAGGGGAGGGGUUCGACCCUUGGCGUGUGCCCCCUACUAUGGUGUGUUCAGAUAUCGCUCGUGCUGAACAGGGCGUGACGGUGCCUUGACAGUGGACACAUUUGAAUUAUGGUGCUGCUAUCCUGCGUGGCGCACGUCCGUAGCAUGCGUGCACCCGACGCCCGCCAGCGCGGCCUUGUAAUCGCUGCAUCCA